AUACUUAGAAUAAGUUUUGAUGGAUUGGAAGAAAAUGCGAAGAAUAUUUUUCUUGACAUAGCCUGUUUCUUUAAAGGAAAUGAUGUAAAAUAUGUUCGAGAAAUGCUUGACAGUUGUGGUUUCCACUCAAAUACUGGUAUCGUUGAGCUAAAGGAUAAGUGUCUCAUAACUGAGGAUCGUGGAUCCAUCAUGAUGCAUGACUUGGUGGAACAAAUGGGUAAAGAAAUUGUCAGACAAGAAUCACCCAAAAAUCCUGGCAAGCGCAGCAGAUUGUGGUUUCAUGAAGAUGUUCGGCGUGUCCUAGAAGAUGAUAUGGGAACAAACAAAGUUGAAGGCAUAUUGAUAGAUUUGCCUGAACCAAUACAUUUAAGUCUCAAAGCCUUUGAGAAGAUGACAAGUCUCAGACUACUUAUAUGUCGUAAUGCAUGUCUUUCUGAAGAACCUAAUUUUCUCUCUAAUGAGUUAAGACUGAUAGAUUGGGUUGGAUAUCCCGGAGAAUAUUUUCCACCCAAUUUUCGUGGAAUGAACCUUGUGAUUUUAAGAAUGGUUGAUAGUCGCAUCAAGACAUUGGAGGGAGUUGAGUGUUUCCAAAGCUUGACAACUAUGAAUUUCUAUGACUGUGAAUUCCUUGAAAAAAUCCCUGAUAUUUCAAGGAUCCCAAAUUUAGAGUCGUUGGUACUUUUUAAUUGCGGAAAUCUAGUUGAGGUUCAUCAUUCUGUUGGAUCACUUAAUAAGCUCAACAACCUGUCCAUUUCCCGUUGCUCUAAUCUUAGAAGUUUCCCGAAAAGCUUCAAGUCUAGAUCUCUAGAGGAAAUCAAUUUUUGUCAUUUUUCAAUGCUUAAGAGCUUUCCUAAAAUGGAAUGUUUAGAGGAUAUUUACUGUUGUGAUUCCUUAAGGGCACUUGGUUGGGGCUCCAUGUCCACGUUGUACCAAUUAAAUAUAUUCAGGAGUGGUAUUGUUACGCUUUCUCGAUGUAUCGAAAGUUUUGUUGGAUUGAAGUUCCUUUAUUUGGAUGGAUGCAAGAAACUUCGAGAAAUUCUAGGACUUCCACCAAAUGUAGAAGUAGUAAGUGCUUGGGGGUGCGUGUCAUUGGAAAUAUUUUUAGAAGGAAGUAGAAAAUCUCAUUUGUUUAAUACGGAGGAUCCACCAGAGCCUAUGGGGGUUGGAACAGAAAUUCCAGCACAACAAUCAUUGAGAGAGAUAGAUUUAUCGUAUAGCGCUAUUGUUAGCCUUCCUAUAUUGUUCAACAAAUUUGUCAAAUUGGAGGUGCUUCGCUUGAAAAAUUGCAAGCAACUUCGACAAAUUCUAGUACUCCCACCAAAUGUAAGAAAAGUGAAGGCUCCGUAUUGCUCAUCAUUGAAAGUAUUUUUAGGAGAAGCUGGAAGAUCUCAAUUUAAUACAUUUGUCCCACCAAAUCCUUUGUGGGUUGGAACAGCAUCUUCGGCAUUGCAACCAUUGGAACAAAAGUUUCAACUUGAAUGCUCUUUCAAUAGUUUGGAAUUUCUAGAUCUAAGCGGUAGCGCUAUUGUUAGCCUUCCUACAUUCUUCAAUAGAUUUGUUCAAUUGAUUAGGCUUAAAUUGAAAGGUUGCAAGCAACUUCGAAAAAUUCUAGUACUCCCACCAAAUGUAAGAGAAGUGAAGGCUCCGAAAUGCUCAUCAUUGGAAGUAUUUUUAGGAGAAGCUGGAAGAUCUCAAUUUAAUACAUUUGUCCCACCAUAUCCUUUGUGGGUUGGAACAGCAUCUUCGGCACUGCAACCAUCGGAACAAAAGUUUCAACUUGAAUGCUCUCUCAAUAGUUUGGAAUUUCUAGAUCUAAGCGGUAGCGCUAUUGUUAGCCUUCCUAUAUGGUUCAACAAAUUUGUCAAAUUGGAGAAGCUUAACUUGAAAAAUUGCAAGCAACUUCGAAAAAUUCUAGUACUCCCACCAAAUGUAAGAGAAGUGGAGGCUCCGAAUUGCUCAUCAUUGGAAGUAUUUUUAGGAGAAGCUGGAAGAUGUCAAUUGUUUAAUACGUUUGUCCCACCAAAUCCUUUGUGGGUUGGAACAGAAUCUUCGGCACUGCAACCAUUGGAACAAAAGUUUCAACUUGAAUGCUCUCUCAAUAGUUUGGAAUUUCUAGAUCUAAGCGGUAGCGCUAUUGUUAGCCUUCCUAUAUGGUUCAACAAAUUUGUCAAAUUGGAGAAGCUUAACUUGAAAAAUUGCAAGCAACUUCGAAAAAUUCUAGUACUCCCACCAAAUGUAAGAGAAGUGGAGGCUCCGAAUUGCUCAUCAUUGGAAGUAUUUUUAGGAGAAGCUGGAAGAUGUCAAUUGUUUAAUACGUUUGUCCCACCAAAUCCUUUGUGGGUUGGAACAGAAUCUUCGGCACUGCAACCAUUGGAACAAAAGUUUCAACUUGAAUGCUCUCUCAAUAGUUUGGAAUUUCUAGAUCUAAGCGGUAGCGCUAUUGUUAGCCUUCCUAUAUGUUGUAGUACAGCGAACGGAGCUGCGUUAACGAAAAGAAAGAUGGGAUAA